AUGGCGCUAGAGAGCGAUCGCAGCAACAAGCGACAGAGAGUCACCUCAGACAACCGUGGGCCCACAUUUCGCAAGGAUGAAGCGGCAUUCGAGGUCGGCUCAAGCUGGCGCGUGCUGGUGCUGCGUCUGGGGGAGAGGUGCAUGGAGUUUGAUGGGCGCAUGGACCCCAUUGAGCAGAUGGACCUGUGCCUGACGGUGGUCAGCCGCAACUUCGACGCGCUCAAGGGCGAACUGCUGCCGGUGUCACUGCCAAAUGUGGACUAUGAGGAGUUUGGGGCGUCUGUGGUGGACCCUCACUCCCCUUCCUCCUUCUCUCUCCUUCGUUUCCCCCUUUGUCCUUCCUUUUUCCCCCCUGUCUUCCCACCCCCGCCCCCUCACCACCUCCAGGUGUCACUGCUAAAUGUGGACUAUGAGGAGUUUGGGGCGUCUGUGGUGGAGCACGUGAUGGCAGGCUUGCAGUCUGUGUCGGCAGUAGUGCCAGAGUCUGAGGUGUUGCAAGUUUUGUCUCUUCUGGUCGACACCGCCACCUCGCACCUCGACCCGACAGCUGGCGGAAAUCCAAACUGGCAGCCGCGGGCGGACUUCUUUGUCUUUUGUGUGCUUGCCUGCCUCCCCUUUGCCGCUCAGGACUGGCAGGAGUCACACUCGGACGAGCUAGCCAGUGUGCUAGCAGCAGUGCAGGGUUACAUGGAAGCCCGCUCGCCCCUCAUCUUCCCCGCACUCGCAGUCUUCGAGCCUCAGCCCAAUGACACCACGCCGUCACAGGACUAUCUGGAGGAGUUAUGGGAUCGCAUCAAGGCAUGCAAGGAAGAUUCGUGGAAGGCGGAGAGUGGUAGGCAAACUCAAAGCGCCUCUGUUUUCUCUCUGCCAUUGUGUAAAGCUCUUACAAAAAGGGCCAUUUCCCUCGUCCCCACGUGGCAGUCAAGGAAAGGCUCUCCUCCUCCAUGCGCCACCCCAUUGGCCUCUUCACUCCCCCGCCGCCGCCCCCCCGCUGCCGCCCCUCUCGACGCCGAUGCUGAAAUGGACGAGGGCGACGACGAGCACAAGCAGACAAGAGCCGCCGCCCGGCAGCGGUUCGAGGCGCUGCAGCAGUUCCCACCCCGGAUUGGCCGGCUGAAGCUGUUUCCGCCAGCCAAGACAGACGCUACGAUGUCACCCAUCGACCGCUUUGUGGUGCAGGAGUAUCUCCUCGACGUGCUCUUCUACAUGAACGGCAGUCGCAAGGAGUGUGCGAGCUACCUGGUGGGCCUGCCUGUGCCCUUCCGCUACGAAUACGUCAUGGCAGAAACCGUCUUUUCCCAGUUGCUGCUGCUUCCCCGGCCGCCCUUCCGUCCCAUCUACUACACAAUAGUCCUCGUUGACCUCUGCAAGGCUCUCCCCGGCGCCUUCCCAGCGGUGCUGGCAGGGGCAGUGAGGGCUCUCUUCUCCCGGGCGGCGAUCAUGGACGUGGAGUGCAGGACACGUGUCAUCCAGUGGUUGGCCCAUCACCUGUCCAACUUUGCGUUUGUGUGGCCGUGGGCGGCGUGGGCGGCAGUGGCACGGCAGCCGGAGUGGGCCCCACAGAGAGUGUUUGUGUCUGAGGUGCUGGAGAGGGAGAUCCGCCUCUCCUACUUCGACAAGAUCAGAGAGUCCCUCGGAAGCACGGAGAUGGAGCAACUUCUUCCCCCCAAGCCCGAGCCCGUCUUCAAGUUCAAGCGCAACCGAGCCGCGGGGCCAGGGAGACUGCUGGCGCCUGCAGAGGGGGAAGGGGAGGGGGAGGGGCGCGGGGGAAAGGAAGGCACGGGGGAAGGGGAGAAGAAAGAGGGGAGAAGGCGGGGGAGGGAGAAGGGGACCACGGGGGAAAGGGGCAGUGCAGCAGUAUGGGGAGGGGUGGAUGCAGCAGCGGUGGAGGUGGCUGAAGAGCUGAUAGUGAUGGUGAGGACGAAGCGGGCAGGCAAGGAGGUGGCGGCGUGGGUGGAGGAGCAGGCCGUGGGCAAGGUGGGCGGGGACAAGGGCAGGGCGCUGGACGUGGUGGCACAGACGCUGCUGGUGCUGGGGUCCAAGAGUAUCACGCACGCUUUGACUGUGCUGGAGAGAUACGGACUCGCGCUGCAACUGCUGGCGCCUGAUCAGCCCUCGCAGGUGCAGCUGCUGCACAGCAUAUGGGCCGUGUGGGCCAACGCGCCCCAGAUGGCAGCAGUGGUGGUGGAUCGCUGCCUGGGCUUCCGCCUCAUCUCACCGCUUGCCCUGCUCGAGUGGUGCUUCCUGUCUGCACACUACGAGCUCUACCACACGUCUGAGCGGAUCUGGGAGAUCCUCCGCACCGCCAUCUCGAAAGCCACCAACCGCCUGCGCCACGUCAGCGCUGAGGUGGCGGCGCUGGAGAGGGCGUCGGCAGUGGCAGCGGCAGCUGCCAGCAAGGCGCGCAGCGAAUGGGAGGCUGCCACGUUGGCAGUGGAGGAGGCUGAGGGAACGGAGGCGAAAACGCAGGCUGCAGCCAAAGAUGAAUGGGCCAAGCAUUGGAGCAGCAAGUCACAGGAGGAGGCGGAGGCAGCAGCAGCAGCAGUGGAGGGCAAAGAGAGGAUGAGGCGAGAGGCCGAGGAGGAGGAGCAGGCUCUGUUCAUUGCUCUGCUUCUUCAUUUCGCCACGGCGGUCAGCAACAGGCGGGCUGCUGUAGCGGAGGCAGCAGCGAGGGAGGAGGAAGAGGAGGAGGCGAGGAGGGUGGAGGAGGAGCGGAUGGAGGAGGAUGAGGGGGACGAUGCUGGGAUGGAUGGGGAGGAGGGCGGCGAUGGGGGCAGCGACAGGUGA